AUGACCGAAGAACAGUGUGAUAAAGUGAAUGAAGAAAAGGACCUCCCCCCCGAUGGAGGCCUCACAGCGUGGAUGGUAGUUAUGGGAGCAUGGUGUACCUCAUUUUGCAGUUUUGGCUGGGUUAACAGCGUCGGAAUAUUCCAGAGUUACUACGAGUCGCAUAUGCUAUCGCAAUACUCGUCCAGCACCAUCGCCUGGAUCCCUUCGCUGCAGAUCUUCUUCAUGUUCGCCAUGGGUCCUAUUGUUGGCAAACUCUAUGAUGCCUUCGGGGCUAGAUAUCUCAUCAUGGUGGGCACCUUUUGUCACGUCUUUGGACUCAUGAUGGCUUCUAUCUCUACGCAGUAUUACCAGAUUUUGCUGUCCCAGGGUGUUUGUAGUGCUAUUGGUGCUGCUGCUAUUUUUCAGCCUGCCCUCAACUCCGUCAGCGGCUGGUUCGACCGUCGUCGAGGCAUCGCCUUCGCGACGCUAUCCACCGGCUCCAGCGUCGGCGGCGUUAUCUUCCCUAUCAUGUUAGAUCGACUCGUCCAAAAGGUCGGGUUUCCCUGGAGCAUGCGCAUCUCCGCAUUCAUGAUCCUAUUCCUGCUAGCCAUCGCCAUCCUCACCGUGAAGUCGCGCAUCCCUCGGACCUCCAAAUCCCCUACCUCCAAGAACAAUAACAAUCUGCUGCAACCCUUCCACGAACCCGUCUUCCUCCUCACGCUCAUUGGAUACAUGCUUCUGACAUAUGGUGUCUUCAUUCCCAUCAACUACGUCAUCGUCGAGGCAGAACUCAACGGCAUGUCUACCAGUUUGGCGGCGUAUCUCCUCCCCAUGUUGAAUGCAGCGAGUCUUUUUGGUCGUCUUAGUGCCGGGUUUGCAUCGGAUAAAAUUGGACGAUUCAACGUGUUCAUUGCUAUGUGUCUCGUCGUCGGCGUGUUGGUAUUAGCAUUGUGGGUUCCAGCGUCCAGUAACCCGGGUACCAUCGUAUUCGCGACUACCUUUGGUUUCGCGUCCGGAGCCUACAUCAGUCUCUCCCCCGCGUUGAUUGCGCAGAUUUCGCCCCUCACGGAAAUCGGGUACCGGACUGGCUUACUGUUCUUGUUUGCGUCGGUGGGUGGUCUUACGACGAGUCCGAUUGCAGGGGCGAUUCUGCAGAAUGCAGGUGGGAAUUUUACGAAUGUGAAGAUCUUCGCGGGGGUGUUUUUGUUGGUGGGGACGGCGGUGGUUACUGCUGCUAGGUUGGUGAGGACGAAGGGGAAAUUGGGGGUGAAGUUUUAG